ACAUUUCACCAACCAUGGGACCAUCUCUCUUGCUGAAUUAAACAAUUAUUUUCGAGCAAAAAUCUCUCAUCCGUCACGGCUUUUAAAUAGCGCGGCUUCAAAAUCGCAUCGUUCCGGGAAAAGUAGACCGAGAGAAGAAAUGGAACACCAUGCCGGAGCUAGGAACAUCCUAUUGUUCAUCACAUGUUGUUCCGUCGCCAGCAGCUUCGGAACCGUCGAUCGAGGAAAUGACACCCAGGCCGGUCCUUCGAGUAAUGUGGGAAUCAACAGAGGUAGCUUUCCAGCCGGUUUCAUAUUCGGAGUCGCAUCGAGCGCCUACCAGUGUGAAGGUGCAGCUGAAGAAGAUGGCAAAGGGUUGAGUAAUUGGGACAUCUUCACCAGAAUGUAUCCAGAGAAGAUAACUGACAGAAGCACCGGAGAUGUAGCUGAUGAAUUUUACUACAAUUAUAAGAAGGAUAUAGCUUUGUUGAAAGAGAUCGGAUUGGACUCCUUCAGAUUUUCCAUAUCCUGGUCCAGAAUUGCACCUUAUGGGAAAAUAAGCAGGGGGGUCAAUCGGCGAGGCGUGGACUUCUACAACAAUCUGAUUGAUGGGCUCCUAGAAAAUGGCAUAAAGCCUUUCGUGACUUUGUUGCACUGGGACGUUCCGCAAGCUUUAGAAGACGAAUACGGCGGGUUCUUAAGCCACAUGAUCAUUGACGACUUCGUCGCAUACGUGAAUUUCUGCUUUCAAGAAUUCGGCGAUAGAGUCAAGCGCUGGAUAACUAUCAACGAGCCCAAUUUUUUUGCAUAUUACGGGUACGACGUUGGAGCUGCGGCGCCUGGCCGUUGCUCCAACUACGUCGGGAACUGCACGGCUGGGAACUCGGCGACGGAACCCUAUAUUGUGCUUCACAACAUGCUUCUCUCUCACUCGGCGGCCGUAAAAUCAUACAGAGAGAACUAUCAGAUCGAACAAGACGGAGAAAUAGGGAUCUCAAUUCAAACCUACUGGAUGACACCCAAGUUCGAGACGGAAAUUAGCAGAGAGGCUGCCUCUAGAGCCCUUGACUUUUGCUUCGGAUGGGCUGCCCAUCCAGUGACCUAUGGUGAGUACCCCGAGACGAUGAGGAGGUAUGUGGGGAGCAGAUUGCCCAAAUUUACGGCGGCACAAUCGACUAUGGUUAAAGGCUCUCUUGAUUUCAUGGCCAUCAAUUACUACACUGCCAGAUAUGUGGAUGAAUCGUCUUCAUCGUCAACCAGUCUCAAUAUGAGCUACGGCACAGAUUGUCACUGUAAUAUCACCGCUGAGAAAGACGGCGUUCCCAUUGGUCAACCGACAGCCCAAGAUUGGCUAUACAUCUAUCCGGAAGGACUUCGAGAGUUUGCGCUCUAUGUGAAGACAAAUUACAACGACCCAACAAUUUACGUGACCGAAAAUGGAAUGGCUGAAGCAAAUAAUAAGUCAUUGCCACUAGAAGAUGCACUCAGAGAUGGCUUGAAGAUUGAUUUCUUUCAGCUCCAUCUGUCCUAUCUCUUGAGAGCUAUCAAGGAAGGAGCGAAUGUGAAGGGAUAUUUCGCCUGGACUUUCCUUGAUGACUUCGAGUGGGCCGAGGGUUACACGUUCCGGUUUGGUCUCACGUUCGUAGAUUACGAUGACGGGUUGAAGAGAUAUCUCAAGGACUCUGCCUUGUGGUUUAAAAGGUUCUUGAGCUUCCAUACCAGAAGUGUGCCUCACGGUCUCUUCUCGUCCAUGCACAGUGACGAUGCCUAGGCCUGUAAUGCGCUAAUAUCUUCGCAAGUGAUGCAACUUCACGAAGAAUGCUCGAAGACAGCAUUAAUCGACGUCGACCGGAGAUACACAUCAUACUGUUUCAAUUUAUGUUUCCAAGAUGCAGAGGCAUUAAGAGCUUCUGCAUAUAAAACCUUGUGUUCAUUUGAGAAAUUGAAAAAGGCAGUUGACAAUGUUCUGACG